AUGAAUAGUAAACUUCUUGUAACAGUGUGGGCUCUUUGCUUGAGUCUCACGAACGCCAAUGAUAUUAGAAUAGGAGUUACCUCUGGAAGACCCAUAAAAAUCUAUAGUGAAAUUAAAGAAGCAAAUCCAGCAAUUUGGACCAGAUCUGAAGAUGUAGUGGUUAAUUCCACGGGUAAUGAAAUAAUUGAAGCAAUAUAUGUGACUGAUUUGCGAGAAGACAAGGACGGGAAAGCGAUUAUUGAAAAUGGAGGAGUCGGUACGAGGAGUGUGACGAUCAGAUUGGAAAGUCCGAGUAUUUUUAGAGGUUAUAAGUUUAUGAUCGAAGUUUAUGCUACUGAUCCAAAUGAAAGAUACCGCAGUAAAGGUUACUCUCAACAGUACUACGGCGAUACGCAGUUUGCAAGAAAGUUUUAA